AUGGGGGAGGAGCUUGCGCAUGCGUACGAGCUGGGCGGCGAGGACUACCUGGAGGCGUGGCUGGGCAGCGGCGAGGUGGACUGGGACUGGGUGGAGGCGGAGGCGGAGGUGGAGGACGAGGACGGGUUCUGGUGCGAGGCGGGCGACCACGAGCCGACCAUCAAGUGGUUCCAGACGUGUCUGUUGGCCGCCAUCUUCCUUGUGGGCAUGGCGGGAAACGCGGCGGUGAUGGCGACGUUGGCGGCGCAGCGCCAUCCGCGGCGCACGACGGACGUCUUCCUGUGGCAACUGACGCUGGCGGACGUGCUGCUGCUGCUCACGUUGCCGCUGCAGGUGGCGAACGUCAACGUGGGCUGGGUGUUCUCGGCGGCGGCGUGCAAGGCGGCGCGCGGCUGCUACGCCGUCAACACCUACGUUGGCCUGCUGCAGCUGGCGUGCGUCAGCGUGGACCGCUACGUGGGCGUGGCCAGGCCGCAGGACAAGCUGCGUCUGCAUUCCCGGAUGCUGCUGGGCGGGAAGAUGGUGGCGGCGGGGGUGUGGCUGGCGGCGGCGCUCCUCAGCCUGCCCGAGGUCUUCUUCUCCGGCGUGGCGGGCUCGGGCGGCGACGCCUACUGCGGCAUGCUGACUGGCGCCCAAGGGAAAAUGGCCGCCGACGGAGCGGUCACCGCCGUCUUCGGACUGUCCUUCCUGGUGAUGGCGGCGUGUUACUCCCAGGUGGCGCGCGUGUUGUGGGCGGGCCGCGCGGGGCGGGGCGGGCGCUGGCGUCAUCAGCGCACCUUGAAGGUGAUGCUGGCGCUGGUGCUGCUCUUCCUCGUCUUCCAGUUGCCGCACAGCGUGGUGCUCUCGCUCAAGAUGGCCGCGCCGUUUUGCGCCCUGCUGCCGGAGUCCAUCACGCGCACGCUGGCCUACGCCCGCUGCGCCCUCAACCCCGUCAUGUACGUGCUGCUGGGCGCGCGCUUCCGCAACCACUUGAUGAAGCUCCUCCCACCUGGCGGCUGCCUCUGCGCCUGCGGGCGUGGCCUGCCGGUUGACGGCCGGCAGGCCACGCCCCCUGCCACCCGGCUUUCAUCAGGGCCCCGACGGCCAAAACUUGUUGUCGUGUGUCGCGUCACCACCAGAGGGCAGCAACGUGCCGAGUACUAG